AUGUCAGAUUUAGAGGACAUUCCAGUUGACUCUUCCAAUAAAAAUGAUGUGGAGAGAUCUUUAGAUCACACAGAAGAGCAAGGGUCUGUUCAAGACGGUGGAGCCUCUGACAGUGCAGAGUCCGUUGAGAUAUCUGAGAGUGAAAGCGAUUCGGAAGUCGAAGAUUUGAAUAGUGUCGUUGCUACUGAAGAAGAGGAAGAAGAGGAAGAAGAGGAAGAAGAGGAAGAAGAAGAGGAAGAAGAGGAAGAAGAAGAGGAAGAAGAGGAAGAAGAGGAAGAAGAGGAAGAAGAAGAGGAAGAAGAAGAGGAAGAAGAAGAGGAAGAAGAAGAUAGUGCAAUUGAUGCAGCAGUUGAAGCGGCUGUAAAAGAGGAACGAGCAAUCGAAGAUGAUGUGGAAGAAGUUCAACGAGCAGCUGAAGCAGCAGCUGCAGCAGGCGUUGAAGCAGCUAUCGAAAAAUCUAUUUAUGCUUCUACCCAAACAGCAACUACAGCUAAUAUCAAAUCGACAUACACUUUAGUCAUCGACACAUUAAAAAAUAUACUAGAAAAUAGAGACAUUAAGAAAUAUCCUAAUACCCAAAAAGAUGUCGAAAGAGUGCUUUCAAAAUUAGAAGACACCUUGAAGCAGACUAAUAAUGAUCCAAAAGUAUUGGACUCUAUUCAAGUUUUUGAAUCAUUAAGAUCCUGUUGUAGAACUGAAUCAGAUAAAAUUCAAUUAAGUGCUUUGGAUUGUCUUUCCAAACUAUAUUCAUUCAAAGCCUUGGAUGAAUCGAUUUUAGUAAAUCCACCGGAUUGCCAAGCUGCUAACGAUCAAGAACAAAAUGCUGAAUCCAACGGAAUCACUCCACCACCAAAACAGAGAUUAAUUGAUGCUUCAAUUGACGCUAUAUCAGACUGUUUCCAAGGUGAGAGCACAGAUGAAAAAAUCGAAUUACAAAUUGUUAGAGCAUUAUCUAGCUGCGUUUUAUCUGAAACAUCAGAAUCUCUAUGUCAUGGUGCUUCUUUGUUAAAGGCAGUCAGAACAAUUUAUAAUAUUUUUAUAUUUUCUUUAAGUUCCUCCAAUCAAGUUAUUGCUCAAGCUACAUUAAUACAAAUAGUUGGGUCCAUCUUUGAUAAAAUUGAUCUAACGGAAUUAAAAGCAGAUGGUACUGAAUAUAGUAAUUCAUUAAGAAAUGAUGUAGAUAUGGAUUCCUUGCGUAAGGACAAAGAGGAAAAUACCGAAUCUUUAACAAUCAGUAAUAUGGAUCAUCUAAAUGAAGAAGCUGAUCAAGCAGCUGAUGAUCAGGAUGAUGAAGCAUCUGUGUCAAAUAUUGCAUUACUUGAUAUUGAAGAAUUAGCUAUCAAAGAUGCAUUCCUUGUUUUUAGAGCUAUGGCAAAAAUUUCUGCUAAACCUUUAGUAUCCGACUUGGAUAUGAGAUCACAUGCUGUAAGAUCAAAAUUGUUAUCUUUGCAUAUAAUACACUCAAUAAUUAAUGAUCACAUUGAUAUAUUUUUAUCAACCACUACUUAUUUACCUGGUAGGGAUCAUGUUUUAUUGGUUGAUGCUAUAAGACAAUAUCUAUGCCUUUCUAUAGCUAGAAAUGCGGCUUCACCAAUAUCUCCAGUGUUUGAAAUUACAUUAGAAAUUAUGUGGUUGUUGAUUUCUCAUUUAAGAGCUCAAUUCAAAAGAGAAAUUCCAGUCUUCUUAAUCGAAAUAUAUUUCCCAAUAUCAGAAUUAAUAACUUCUACAAACCAUCAAAAGAGAUAUUUCUUGUAUGUUGUUCAAAGAAUUUGUAAUGAUCCAAGAACUUUAAUUGAAUUCUAUCUAAAUUACGAUUGUAAUCAAGGCAUGCCUAACUUAAUGGAACUAAUGUUGGAAUAUUUAUCAAAGUUAGCUAUAACUAGAGUUGACAUUACUUCCACUCAAAGAGGAUAUUAUCAGGAGCAACUAGCAAAACCACUUGCCACGUACGAUUUAAAUCAAUUACCACUGUUGUCAAUUUCGAAUAUAUCGUCUACCCCAGAUGAUACUCAAGCAUCAUUAGGAUACCCAAUAGAGUACGCUUUGAAAAUUGCUGCAUUGAAUUCAAUAGUAUUUGUUUUGAAAUCAUUGAGUACUUGGGCUCACAGGGCUUUAAAACCUAUGUCAUCCUUAUUAAAUAAAAAUAGCACACGCGAUGACCAUUCAUCGUCAGUCGCAUCCUCGAUCCACGAGAGAAGAACCUCUGCAUUACCAUCCAGUAAUAGCAUUUCAAGUUCUCUAAAUGAUAAUUUACAAGAUAUAGAUGAUCCUACACAAUUCGAAAAUUUGAAGCAACGUAAGAUUCAAUUAUCCGAUUGUAUAAGGAUAUUUAAUUCUAAACCAAAGAGAGCUAUUCCCGCAUUACUUGAUAAAGGAUUUAUUGAUAAUAAUUCCCCAAGCUGUAUUGCAAAAUGGUUACUUAAUACAGAAGGUUUAGAUUUAGCAAAAGUUGGUGAAUUUUUGGGUGAAGGGGAUGACGAGAAUAUAGCAAUUAUGCAUGCAUUUGUUGAUGAAUUCGAGUUUACAGGCUUAUCAAUUGUAGAUGCGUUGCGUGAGUUUUUGCAAAAAUUUAGACUUCCUGGUGAAGGUCAAAAAAUUGAUAGAUUUAUGUUAAAAUUUGCUGAAAGAUAUGUUGAUCAAAAUCCAGAAGUCUUUUCGAAAGCCGAUACUGCAUACGUUUUAUCAUAUUCUUUGAUUAUGUUAAAUACUGAUUUACAUUCUGCCCAAGUUAAGAAUAGAAUGACCCUAAAGGAGUUUUUAGAAAACAAUGAAGGUAUUGACAAUGGUAAUGACUUGCCUGAAGAGUUUAUGGUCGGUUUAUUUAAUGAGAUUGCUAAUAAUGAAAUCAAAUUACUUUCUGAACAACAUCAAGCUUUAUUGAGUGAUGAUUCGACUCUUAUUCCACAGCAACCUUCUGCCUUUAACUUUUUCAGCUCAAGGGAUUUGGUUAGAGAAGCAUAUAUAGAAGUGUCAAAAGAGAUUUCAUCAAAAACCGAAUUAGCUUUCAAAAAUCUAAAUAAAUCAAAAAGUGGCGACGAUGUCUUUGACGUUUAUUAUGCAGCAUCUCACGUCGAACAUGUGAAAUCUAUUUUUGAGAAUUUAUGGAUGUCAUUCUUGGCUUCAUUAACUCCUCCAUUUAGAGACUAUGAUGAUCUAGAAACAACAAACAAAUGUUUAGAAGGGUUGAAAUUAUCAAUCAAGAUUUCUUCUAUAUUUGGCAUCGAGUUUGCUAAGAAGUCUUUUAUUGGUGCCCUAGUUCAAUUCUGUAACUUACAAAAUCUAAGAGAGAUAAAGUUAAAGAAUGUCAAUGCUAUUAUCAUUUUAUUAGAAGAAGCUUUAGCUGAAGGUACAUUUUUAAAGGAAUCUUGGAAGGAUGUUUUGUUUGUUGUUUCCCAAGUUGAAAGAUUACAAUUGAUAUCGAAAGGUAUCGACAGAGAUACCCUGCCAGAUGUUGCUCAAGCACGUUAUACCAACCAUAGAUCGUCUAUGGAAUCUACUAGAUCAGUCACAACCACAUCUAUUUUUGACAUGUGGUCCAAGAAAGCUUCUCCAGCCGAGAUUGCUCAAGAGAAACAUCAUAAGCAAAAAUUAUCCAAUGAAAUUUCCAAGUACAUUUCUUCUAGUGAAUUGGUUGUUUUAAUGGACAAUAUUUUCACCAAAAGUGCUGAUUUACCUGGUGAUGCUAUUAUAGAUUUCAUCAAGGCUUUAACUGAUGUUUCUCUCGAAGAGAUAGAGUCCUCCCAGGAUGCAUCAACUCCAAGAAUGUUUUCCCUUCAAAAGAUGGUAGACGUCUGUUAUUAUAAUAUGGAUCGUAUUAAAGUUGAAUGGACUCCUAUCUGGGCCGUUAUGGGCAGAGCUUUUAAUAAAAUUGCAACAAAUGCCAAUUUAGCUGUUGUAUUUUUUGCUAUUGAUUCUUUACGUCAAUUAUCAAUGAGAUUUUUGAAUAUAGAUGAAUUGUCUGGUUUUGAAUUUCAAAGUGACUUUUUGAAACCUUUUGAAUAUAUCAUUCAAAACUCAGGCAAUAUUGAGGUCCAAGAAAUGAUCAUCGAAUGUUUCCGUAACUUUAUCUUAACGAAAUCUGAAAAAAUAAAGUCCGGGUGGAAACCUAUUUUAGAAUCGUUACAAUAUACCUCACAGUCACCACACGAAAUUAUCGUUAAGAAGACCUAUCUACUUGUUAGUAACGAUAUUGUUGCUAAUAAUUUCGAAAGCAUAUUUUCACAAGAUGAAUCAUUUAGUGAAUUAAAUAACGUCUUUAGAGAAAUUUCAAAACAUAAGAGAUUCCAAAAACUAUCAUUACACGCUCUAGAAGCAUUAAAGGAAACUACUAAAAAAGUCGCAACUAUUUGCUUUGCAGCACCUGAUGACCCCAACUAUGAACAUUAUCAACAAAUAUUACGUGGAAAAGAUACUUUCCAAGAUAUCUGGUUCCCAAUGCUAUUUUGUUUUAACGAUACAAUUAUGACAGCAGAAGACUUAGAGGUCAGAUCAAGAGCUUUGAACUACUUGUUUGAUUGUUUAGUAACUUAUGGUAAAAAUUUUGAUGAUGUAUUUUGGGAAAAAAUUUGUACUAAAUUAUUGUUCCCAAUAUUCGGUGUUCUAUCCAAACACUGGGAAGUAAAUCAAUUUAAUAGCCAUGAUGAUUUAAGUGUUUGGUUGUCAACAACUUUAAUUCAAGCAUUGAGAAAUCUGGUUGCUUUAUUUAAUCAUUAUUUUGAAGCCUUGAAUAAAAUGUUAGAUGGUUUCUUAGGGCUACUAGUCUCAUGCAUCUGUCAAGAAAAUGACACAAUUGCUAGAAUAGGUAGAUCUUGUUUACAAGAAUUAAUCUUACAGAAUGUAUCUAAAUUCCAAGACUCACAUUGGACUGAAAUUGGAGAUGUUUUUGACAAACUAUUUGGACUAACAACUGCUAAUGAAUUGUUUGAAUAUGAUCCAUUGAAGCGCGGUAGAAAACCAUCAUCCGCGAACAUCAAAACAGAGGGUAAUAUUACUGAUACAAUUCAAAGAGCUAAUGAAGAGGAGGCGAGUGAAGAUGUUGGUAAUGAUAUGCUAGAGAAUGAGGAUGACUCCAAAAAUGAAACCCAACUCACUAAAACAACCGAUGACCAGUCCUCUCAGUAUUCACAAAAGCCAUUAUCUACAGCAAGAUCUGCAGAAGACGUUCGUGGUAGAUUAUUUGUUAAGAACUCUAUUGUGGUUAAAUGUGUUUUACAAUUAUUGAUGAUUGAAUUAAUAAGUGAUUUAUUUGAUAAUGAAGACCUAAUUAAUCACAUACCUUUAAAGCAAUCAAUGAAAUUAGCAACGAUCUUAGAAAAAUCAUACGAAUUUGCUCGUGAUUUUAAUGCCGAUUAUGAAUUGAGAACAAGAUUAGUAGAAGCUCGUGUAGUUGAUAAAAUUCCAAAUCUAUUAAAGCAAGAAACUAGUGCUGCUGCCGUAUUAAUUAACAUCUUUUUUAUGCUGUACUUAAACGAUGAUGAGAAGAAACCUGAAUUAAUUAGCCGUUUAAUUUCCAUUAGUACUGACGUCUUAAAGAAUUAUGUCGAAUUAGACGAUAGAACAAUGGAACGUAGUAUAAAAUCAUGGCGACCAGUAAUAGUGGAAAUAUUACAAGGUUAUUACGAAUUCGACGAUGAGGACUUUCAUAAAUACUGCUCUUCAAUUUAUACUUUGGUUAUCCAAAUAUUAGAUAAAACAGUUCCAUCCGAUUUGAGAUCUGCUGUGAAAUUAUUUUUGAUAAGAGUUGGCGAGCUAUACUUGAACCAAGAGGUUAAUCAGAAUUAA